AUGGUUCUUAAUUUAUUCAUGAAUUCGUCUGUACUUUCUUAUGGUAUUAUUAAUCAUAACACGGACCAUAUAUCAUCAUCAUCAUCAUCAUCAUCAUCAUCAUCAUCAUCAUCAUCAUCAUCAUCAUCAUCAUCAUCAUCAUCAUCAUCAUCAUCAUCAUCAUCAUCAUCAUCAUCAUCAUCAUCAUCAUCAUCAUCAUCAUCAUCAUCAUCAUCAUCAUCAUCAUCAUCAUCAUCAUCAUCAUCAUCAUCAUCAUCAUCAUCAUCAUCAUCAUCAUCAUCAUCAUCAUCAUCAUCAUCAUCAUCAUCAUCAUCAUCAUCAUCAUCAUCAUCAUCAUCAUCAUCAUCAUCAUCAUCAUCAUCAUCAUCAUCAUCAUCAUCAUCAUCAUCAUCAUCAUCAUCAUCAUCAUCAUCAUCAUCAUCAUCAUCAUCAUCAUCAUCAUCAUCAUCAUCAUCAUCAUCAUCAUCAUCAUCAUCAUCAUCAUCAUCAUCAUCAUCAUCAUCAUCAUCAUCAUCAUCAUCAUCAUCAUCAUCAUCAUCAUCAUCAUCAUCAUCAUCAUCAUCAUCAUCAUCAUCAUCAUCAUCAUCAUCAUCAUCAUCAUCAUCAUCAUCAUCAUCAUCAUCAUCAUCAUCAUCAUCAUCAUCAUCAUCAUCAUCAUCAUCAUCAUCAUCAUCAUCAUCAUCAUCAUCAUCAUCAUCAUCAUCAUCAUCAUCAUCAUCAUCAUCAUCAUCAUCAUCAUCAUCAUCAUCAUCAUCAUCAUCAUCAUCAUCAUCAUCAUCAUCAUCAUCAUCAUCAUCAUCAUCAUCAUCAUCAUCAUCAUCAUCAUCAUCAUCAUCAUCAUCAUCAUCAUCAUCAUCAUCAUCAUCAUCAUCAUCAUCAUCAUCAUCAUCAUCAUCAUCAUCAUCAUCAUCAUCAUCAUCAUCAUCAUCAUCAUCAUCAUCAUCAUCAUCAUCAUCAUCAUCAUCAUCAUCAUCAUCAUCAUCAUCAUCAUCAUCAUCAUCAUCAUCAUCAUCAUCAUCAUCAUCAUCAUCAUCAUCAUCAUCAUCAUCAUCAUCAUCAUCAUCAUCAUCAUCAUCAUCAUCAUCAUCAUCAUCAUCAUCAUCAUCAUCAUCAUCAUCAUCAUCAUCAUCAUCAUCAUCAUCAUCAUCAUCAUCAUCAUCAUCAUCAUCAUCAUCAUCAUCAUCAUCAUCAUCAUCAUCAUCAUCAUCAUCAUCAUCAUCAUCAUCAUCAUCAUCAUCAUCAUCAUCAUCAUCAUCAUCAUCAUCAUCAUCAUCAUCAUCAUCAUCAUCAUCAUAG